AUGGGGAGUCCACUGAGAGGUCGCCUUCUGCAACCACAAGCGGUCUGGACACCUCCAUCGGCCUUAUGCUUCAAAAUUAAUUUCGACAGUGCUACGUUUGAGAAAAAAGGCAAGGCUGGUCUAGGUGUGGUAAUCCAAAAUGGUGUUGGACAGGUUAUGGCAUUGCUCUCUCAGCUGAUACCAUUGCCUCACUCUGUCAUUGAGGUAGAAGCAUUGGUUGCACAACAAGGAGUGGAACUUGCACUAGAAUUGGGCUUCUAUAAUAUUGAUCUUGAGGGAGACUCGGCUGGCUUAAUCAGUUCUCUCAAUGAUGGUUAUGGGACUCUAGCUCAAUAUGGUCGCAUUAUAACAUAUAUUCAUUACCUUGCCUCAUAG